ACUCAAAAGUCAACAACUUCUAGAGCCUCCGACCCAGGAUUCCCGCGCCAUGCCGUCCGAGAAGACCUUCAAGCAGCGCCGCAGCUUCGAACAAAGAGUGGAAGAUGUCCGGCUCAUAUGGGAGCAGCACCCCACCAAGAUCCCGGUGAUAAUAGAGCGAUACAAGGGUGAGAAGCAACUGCCCGUCCUGGACAAAACCAAGUUCCUUGUACCUAAUCAUGUGAACAUGAGCGAGCUCAUCAAAAUAAUUAGAAGGCGCUUACAGCUUAACGCCAAUCAAGCUUUCUUCCUCCUGGUGAACGGGCACAGCAUGUCCAUUAGAUGUCAGCUGUGAAGACAACAGCAGCAGGAGACACAUGCUCUUGAUGAUAUCCAUGGCCAGUUCCAACUAGUGCAAACCACUGCUUCCUGCUUCCUGCAUGUGGUCCACUGUGACACUCAGACCAUCCUUGGUCACUCACUCAUCCUUGUGAUCUGAGAAUCUCAGUGAGAACUGCCUGCUGUCAUGGAGGGAAACCAACAUAGCCACCUCCUACCCUAGCUCCUUACAGGCACCCCUCCCCUCCCCGCAUGCGGCUGUCCACUUGCUAACUUUCAAUUUGUUAUUUACAUCAUGUAUAU